AGAAACCAGUCGGUCCACAAAUCUUUCAAAUUACUCAAACACGAUAUUGUAUUGCUUAGCAUGUAAAUAAAUACAAUGGUGCACAAGCCAUGAUUUCCGGCGAUGCAUCCCUCCGUCCACAAGAGAGCAGACUUUCGCUGCCAGCUGGAGAGUCUCCUCCAGACGAACCAUGAAAACAAACCAAGGCAAAUUCAAUGAAAAAAAAAUCUGUUUACAUGAAUCCAUCUUAAGAUCUUACACGAUUGCAUUCAGUCUUUUGUAUUAAGAUGUAACAUUUAAGACAUUGGCAUUCACAACAGUAUUAUGUUAUGUUGGUGUUUUGAAUAAUGAUCUCAGCAUUAUUUUGCUGAGAUGCUCUCAGUAGUCUUCGAUGGACAGAUGAAGUCCACUGAGCUGCAUUGCCGCUAUUACUUCACCUUACAUCUCAUUGCGUAAUUGGCACACCGUGGAACUAUAUGGAAUUAGUGUAUUAGUGGAAUUAGUAAUAUUACUAUUGCGAAAAGAAAAAAAUAUGUAAUGAUUAAUAAGUAAAUAUAAAAGUCUUAGUGAUCGCCCCGAGAAGAGCAAAUUUACUGAUGAAGAAUCACUGUAUGUCCUGUGCUGUCCCCACUGAACCUCCAAUCCCUUCUCUCCUCUGAAACUCUCGGAAAGAGCCGACAGACGCUGCUUUUGAUGCUCGAGCAAGACGCUAAACCGAGCGCGCGCGACACCGACACGAGAUGCGCUGCGAAACCUGUCCGGACUCGGACGAAAUGUACUGAGCUGUGAACAACAAGAGAAUGAUGGUAAUGAUGGAGAGGAUCGGGGCGAUUCGGCGUUACCUCAUGAAAUGGAUUUGUUUACGCUGGGUUUGGGUUUGUGUGGCUGCCUGUGGUGGGAAAGUGGAGUUACACACCGAGAGGAGAGGAGUGAUCUACAGCCCAUCAUGGCCUCUCAACUAUCCGCCCGGAGUGAACUGCAGCUGGAAUAUACAGGGAAGCCGCGGAGAUGUGAUCACAAUCAGUUUUCACAGCUUUGAUGUGGAGGACACGGGGGACUGCAGGGGUGACUGGCUGCUGCUCGGCCCCACAUGGAAAGCUGAGGAUCGGUUCUGUGGCUCUGUCCUUCCUCCUCCCUUCAUCUCCUCUAGAGGACGAGUCUGGCUCUACUUCCACUCUCAGGCUAACAGCUCUGGACAGGCACAGGGCUUCAGACUCUCUUACAUUCGUGGUCGACUGGGUCAGAGUAGUUGUGAGAACGAUGAAUAUUUAUGUGGAAAUGGUAAGUGUGUUCCCCGUUCCUGGCGCUGUAAUGGAUUGGACGAGUGUGGAGACAAUACAGAUGAAAGGAGCUGUGCUGCCCCACCGACACCUGCCCGGGUCAGUCUGUGUCCGCCUGGUACCUUGCAGUGCUCUGAUAUCCAAUCUACCCGCUGUCUGCCGGUGUCUCUGCGCUGUAACGGAGCCCGGGACUGUCCUGACGGAUCCGAUGAGGCCCACUGUCCCGACACGUCCUGUGGAAAACGCUUAGUCAACUUCUAUGGCACGUUUGCCUCACCUGAUUUUUUCCGUCCAAACAGGAGCGCUGGCACAGAUCUUCACUGCUCAUGGUUUUUAGACACACAAGACCCAAAGCCGUUGGUGCUGCAGGUGGAUCUACAGCUGGGUGUGGGAGACUCGGUCCGUGUUUACGAUGGAUUGGGAGAACGUGCAGAACGCCUUCUGCAGAGUCUCUCUCACCAUAAUAACCACAGACGAGCCCUGCUGGAGUCGUCCCAGGGACAGAUGAGCAUCUUCUACCAUGCCAAACCACACAGCCCUGGACACGGGUUCAACGCCACCUACCAGGUUAAAGGGUACUGUUUUCCAGGUGAGCAUCCAUGUGGCACAGACGAGAGCUGUUACUCUGAGCUGCAGCGGUGCGAUGGCUACUGGCACUGCCCCGGGGGGCGAGAUGAGGAGGACUGCCCGCUGUGUCAGCCGGGAGAGUAUCCCUGCGAGGGUGGCAGCGGAGCGUGCUACUCGGCUUCUGAGAGGUGUAACAACCAGAAGAAGUGCCCCGACGGCUCAGAUGAGAAAAACUGCUUUGACUGCCAGCCUGGAAACUUCCACUGUGGAACCAACCUGUGCAUCUUUGAGACGUGGCACUGCGAUGGGCAGGAGGACUGUCUCGACGGCAGCGAUGAAAGAGACUGUCUUGCAUCCGUGCCCAGGAAGGUGAUCACAGCGGCUCUGAUUGGCAGCUUGGUCUGUGGACUGCUCCUGGUCAUCGCACUGGGUUGUGCCUUUAAACUGUACUCGCUCAGGACAAGAGAGUACAGAGCUUUUGAAACCCAGAUGACUCGACUAGAGGCGGAGUUUGUUCAGAGGGAGGCUCCACCCUCUUAUGGUCAACUGAUAGCUCAAGGUCUCAUACCUCCAGUCGAUGACUUCCCAGUCUACAACCCAACCCAGGCAUCUGUUCUGCAGAAUCUCCGCUCAGCUAUGCGGAGGCAGAUUCGUCGUCACUCUUCUCGUCGUUCCUCGUCACGGCGGAGACUUGGUCGUCUGUGGAAUCGCCUGUUUCACCGUGGCUCUCGGUUACGGGGUCAGAUACCUCUCCUCACGCCUCCAGGCCACACGCACACAAACACACACCCCGAUCUGAGCCUCCACAGCUACAACACGACGGACGAUGGCAUCGAGGAGUCGCGUGAGAGUACGGGACAGACUCCGCCAGCCUGUUCGACGGUGGCGCUGGGACUGGCCCUGCAGGCUCACACUGAGGCCCUCUGCCUUCCUGACAGAGAGUCUCCAUCCUCCCCUCUGUCCCUGCCCUCCCCCAACUCACCCCGCUCCACCUCUGACACUCUGGAGGACGAAGAUGAAGAAGAUGACAGAAGUUUAGAGGGGAUCAGAAUGAGAACCAACCGGGGCAUUUCCCCGAAACAUAAAGAUGAUGACAGUCCUCCUGGUCCCCCUGAUAGCCCCAAACGCAGCACAAGCCGGUCGAGAUCCUCCAGACGGCUGGUGCAGGAGCUGGCUGCAGAACUCAGAGGAGUUUCUCUCUUAAGGUACACCUCUGUGGGCAUCUCGCCCCUUUCCUCCCCUGAGUCACCGACGUCCUCCAGCGGUCAGUCUGAGGAGCAGAGAAGCUUUCCUACAUUCAGAAAACCACACAUGGACGCACAUACGGACUCGCUCACAGGUGCUCAUGGACACGACAGGAAACCUUCAAUAACUGAAGAGGUUCCUGGUGACAGUGUCAGGCUUUGCAGACUCACAUCUAGCGAGGAAGAGGAUGAUGAGAUUUUGUUAGUGCACUGAAUAGUCUUGAUCACCAUCGCUAUUCUGAUUUUGUGCCAACACAACGUUGUUUCAGUUCAAACAACGGCCUUCCAUCUAGAGUCAUAACAUACAGUACAUUUACAUAUGUAGUUAUAAUCAAGUUUUUUACAUUGUCAAGCUAGAAUAUCUAAGAAUACAUAAUGAAAUUUGUACACAGAUAUUUGAAGGAUUAAAUACUCAAGGUCAAGGCCAAAUACAGUCUUAUUAAAGAGAUAAUUCACCCCAAAAAAUUAAUUUUGUGAGUAAUUACUCACCCUCAUGUCGUUCCAAACCCAUAAGACCUUUUUUUAUCUUCAGAACACAAAUGAAGAUUUUUUAUGAAAUCCGAGAGCUUUCUUAACAUAGAUAGACAGCAAUUCAACUACCACAUUCAAGGCCCAGAGAGGUACUAAGGACAUCCCUAAAAUAGUCCAUGUGACAUCAGUGAUUCAACCUUAAUGUAAAGCUACAAGAAUCAUUUUUGUGCACAAAGAAAACAAAAAUAACUUUAUUCAACUAUUUGUUCUCUUCCGUUUGAGAAAUUGAUGUGCGUUCAUGACGGUACCACAACGGGGUGUGUUUGUGGGUGAACUAUCCCUUUAACAUGCUGGACAAAUCUGUCAGUGCAACUUUGCAGAAAACAGACUGGUACUAUUUCAGUCAGCAUUUAUAUGCAUUUUAAUACGAUAAAUGAUUGCUUUAGUCAGACUCAAAUCGAUCUUUGUGUACGUAAACAUAUGCUACCGUUCAAAGGACUGGGUUCAGUAAGUUUUUUUUAAAGAAAUUAAUGUAAAUCAAAAGUGACAGUAAUGGAUUCUACGAAGGUAUAUUACAGAACCUUUUUUUUUUUUUUUUACCAAAGAAAUCAAAACAUUUCCACAAAAGCUUUAAGCAGCACAACAUUAGUGUUUUCAGCACUAAUAAUAAAGCAAUAAGCCUCAAGAAGCCGUAUAACAACUAAGGGACUUCACGAACUGUAAACCACGGCUUCGCAGGGCUUACUGCUUUUAUAAAACGGCUAUUCCAUAUACGUAGUAAGGUUUCACAGAAUAAAACAGAGCAAAUAAAGUGUAAUGAUAUAAAUAAAAACAGUAUUCUUCCAACAAUGUAGUUCCUCAGAAACAGUUGUGGUUCCAACAAAGCGGUUGCUGACCAGCACAGACGUAAACAAAGGUGUAUGUUUGUAGUGUAAUUUACUACAGCUUUGAUCAUGGCUCAACCAAUCAGGAUCAAGGACCAGAACUAUCUGUUUUAUAAUAAGAAAUUAGUACCCAGUGUUCUCAAAGCUGAUUUUUGCAGUCUUUAGUGUCACAUUCAUUUGCUGCUCUAUAAUCGUUUCUUAUUAUCAGUUGUGCUGCUUAAUAUUUUCUGUGAUUUAAGUGAAAAAAAAAAGUGAAAAAAUUGAAAUUCAGCCAAGUAUGGUGACCCAUAC